GCGACCGAUUUGGUCGUAUGGAAGUUCCACCGACCGAGUAAAUAGCAAAGCCCGUAAUUGCUCAUCCUGAGUGACUCGACGCACUUACCGUGGAGUCCGCAUAAAAUUUUUACUUUUAUUAGCCCUAGACCGAUCAGACCAGAGAGAGGGUAGAGGGAGUGGCAUCAGGAACUGCUCAAUGGCAUCUUUCGCCGAAGCCCCGCCGGGAGAUCCCAAAUCUGGGGAGAAGAUCUUCAAGACCAAGUGCGCGCAGUGCCACACCGUGGAGAAGGGCGCCGGUCACAAGCAAGGGCCGAAUUUGAAUGGACUUUUUGGGAGACAAUCUGGUACGACCCUCGGCUACUCGUACUCGGCUGCAAACAAGAACAUGGCUGUUAUAUGGGAGGAGCAUACAUUGUAUGACUACUUGCUUAAUCCUAAGAAGUAUAUUCCUGGGACCAAGAUGGUUUUUCCUGGUUUGAAGAAGCCACAAGAGCGUGCGGAUCUAAUUGCUUAUCUUAAACAGUCGACGGCUUAAUGGCUUUCUUUCAGUUGCGUUGGAAACAUUUCUUUGUUUUUCAGUAAAUAAAUGACAGAUUCUUAAUGCUUGCGAGGAAGCGGUUGAGAUACAAACUUUGUUUACAAAUCUAUACUGUUGUGAGCAAGCAGUUUGUUAAUGCUUGCCAAUUCAUUUGCCAUCAUGUGUAGUUUAAUCAGACCAUUUAGCUGUCUAACUUAUCUA